CAUUGUAACGUUGUAGAUGGCAGCACAAGUAUAAACGUUUAUUUAGGAAUCUUGUCUGAAUUUUUGACCGGGUGCAAUAAUUAUCCCCGAAUAUCUCAACCAACACCAUGGCAGCAGCACAGAAGCGUCGUAGUGAUAUGACCCCAGAGGAGCUGGCAGCCCUGGAGAGAGAGGAAUUUGCAACAGGUCCCUUGCGUAUUCUUAAUGAAUCUGUUCAGAAUAACACCCAGGUACUGAUCAACUGCAGAAACAACAAAAAGCUUCUAGGACGUGUGAAAGCUUUUGACCGCCACUUCAACAUGGUGCUAGAGCAGGUGACAGAGAUCUGGAUGGAACAGCCAAAGACAGCCAAGGGACAGAAGAAAGCAAAGGCAGUUAACCGAGAAAGGUACAUCCAGAAGAUGUUUUUACGAGGAGAUUCAGUAAUCAUUGUAGUGAAGAAUCCACUUGGAAGUCAGCAGUCUGCAUAGUGUUGUCAAAGCAACACUUUUAAGUUUUAUAUCAAAGCUAUUAUUUUUAUGUAAGAAUGGAAAGGAAUUACUU